GUUGGGUAAUACGCGGCAAAAAUAAAUUUACUACAUUGUUACAUUUACGACGUCGCAAAUGUAGUAAAUUGAAAUUUGUCGCAAAUUAAAAAUGUCGCAAAAUCUGCUUCUAAAUUUAAGGUUAUGAAACUAGUUGUUUACAUCGUUUAAAUUCAUUUUUAACGGUUUUUAGAGCUAAGCUGUUUGUUUUUCGUUCGAUUUUUCGUGAUAAUUUAAUUCCCUAGUGUUGUAAUUGUACCCCUGUUGGUACCACAGUUGAUACCAUGAUGAAUACCGAUACCGCAAACUCUGAAAAGGGCAGAAAGCCCCACAAUUUAUACAAGGAACUCGGAUUUGAAUCAUUACAUUUGGACAAUGGAAGAAUGGGAGCUAAGUGUGACACGUGCAACCAUAUUCUAAAAAAUACAGCAAUAUCUCGCCUUCGUACACAUAGAAAAAGAUGUUUUCGCAAGAGCAGUAGUAUUGAUUCUAAAGAAGGUGAAGCCAUAUCAUUAUCGUCAGAUGAUAGUGUGAGGUCUGAAAAUGUAAUGACACACAAAUGUAACAGGGAAAUUAAUUCUACUGCUGCGUCUACUGGAAUAACUUCUGACGAUGAAACUCAAGAAGUGCCCCAAGAAGUGGUUAUGGAAGUUGAAGUAAACACAAGUGCCCCUCCUCCCCAAUCUUCAUAUAGAGUUUUAGAUAUUGUAAGUACCUACAUACUUUUCAAUUGAUAAAAAUGUUAUUAAAACUUUUUUUUUACUUGUAUUUAUGUAUAGACCAGGAUUGAUAAUUUUUGAAACCAAACAAAAUUAUAGUAGGAUGAAACCCAUUGUAAAACGAAGAGAAUAUUACAAAUAUUAAAGGAAAAAUAAAUUACGGGCGAUCGGACGUCGGGAAGGGGGUGGGGGUGAAUUUUUGAUUGAAAAUUAGGCUGCUUUUUCGAUAUAAGUCAAAAUAAAGUGAAACAAAUGUACAUUAUUAAUCAAGAAAAUUACAGUGUAUUUGGGACAUAAAAAGGUAGAUUCUCUCAA